CAGCUCGAACGCACCUUAAAACAUGUGACGUUGCUGACUUACUUCCGGGGAAGGGGACGGGCCCAUCCCACCCACCACGGAAUCCACCAAUCAGAGACGGAGCGGCGCUAAACUCCGCUGUUUGUAAUGCAGCGUGGUCAAUCUUGAUGCGCUAGACCCUCUGCCAGCCGGGACUGCUUUUCUUGAGCACCGGCAUCUGCUAAAAACGUAUGGUAUUUGAAGUAGUCGUUGAAAGUCACGUCCAAAACACGAAAUUAAAUGACAAAACGUUGUUUUUGCAUCAUGCCAUGCGACUUGAAAGGCGUGGAUAUGCGGCUGGUGUAUCAUAAACAAUAUGAGCUCGGAUAGUCUGGCUUGUUUAUCACUAGUGGUCAUUAUGGCACCUGUGCUGAUAAUGUAAUACAUAAGGUUUUGUCAUUUACAGUAUAGACUAUCGCCCAGUACAGGUCUCGGCCGAUUUGGCGCCCUAGGCGAGCAUCACCACCGGCGCCCCCUGGUCCGAGACAAAGUGAAACUGGCUGGCGAGCGCCUACAGGAUUGACCGGCCCUAACAUCGCCAUAUGAAGGUUUCUGUAGAAUGACGUUUGAGCUGAUUGGAUCCUAGAGCUAUAGCUUGUUGUAGCAACAGUGGUUUCCAAGGGGAGGAGGUACAGAGUCAGGCAUGGGGUACCGAGUGGAUGAAGGAGGAGAACAUUAUUUACUGAAGUGCAAGUUUCCCCCUAAACUGAUGUACGUUUUCGAUAAAGUUGAAUGGAGGCAGACUGGAAAGGUGCGCGUUCCGGGAAAGAUGGUGUUUCCCCGCAGUGGAUCCCGUCUCCAGACUGCCGUUCCUCACCCGUCGCCGAGCUGUCGUGCAAUCUAAAGAAACUUCACUGCCAUGACAGCGCCACCCCACGGAGAAAACUUCAACUGACGCCGGAGCUUAAAACACCCAGUCCUUUGUCAAGCCGAAGCGUUUCCCGAGAGAUCAAGACGCCGGCAGUCACAAAGAGGAAAGCGGAGAGAUUCAGGUCUUCGUGCACACUUUCUAAGAUGAGGCGACUGCGUGUCAAGCUUUCCAGUAGGUUUGUGGGCCCAGAACCAGAGCGAGAGUUGGCCCACCUGGAGGAGCCGCAGGGCGGGACAUCCCAGAGAGAGGGCGUGGGUUGCCUUGGAGACGAAGACAUCCGAGAUGUAGUGGAUCACCGCCGCCAGCUUUGGGAGACGCGCUGUAGGCUCAGGCGCCCUCUACUGGACAUCCCGCUCUCUGUCCUAGAGGACAGAAAUCUGAUUGGAGACUUCAGCAAGCCACAUCUGUUCAUGGAGGGGGGGGCAGACCACCAGGACCUCAGGGGUAUAUCGGCUCAGACGAUGGCGUCUCUCCUGCUGGGACAGUACAGCGCCGUGGUGGGGGGCUACCUCAUAAUAGACUGCCGAUACCCAUACGAGUACCUCGGGGGUCACGUCACGGGGGCUGUGAACCUCCACUCUGAGGAUCAGCUGCAGGAGGCGCUGUUCCUGAACCCGGCACCGUUCCUGGGAAGGCAGGACUGCUGCCACACAGGCUGCGCGGUAUCAGCUAUUCCCCCAAUCACCUGGAGUCCUGGCACCAGGGGAGGCCAAUCAGAGAAGCCCUUGCGGGACCUCCCCCUGGAUGGAGCGCAGCCUUCAGACGCCUCCUCCCCCCGGAAGCUUGUUAUCUUCCAUUGCGAGUUCUCUUCCCAGCGAGGGCCGCGGUUGUGUCGGUACUUGCGAGAACUGGACAGGUGUAUCAACGUUUACCCAGAGCUUUUUUAUCCUGAACUCUACAUCCUAGAAGGAGGCUACAAGGAAUUCCAUUCACACUUCACGGGCCUGUGUGACCCCCCUGGAUACGUGCCGAUGCGCCACAGGGACUUCAAAGACCAACUGCGCAGAUUCCAGAAGAAACGAAGGACAAAGACAGUUCUUGGACAAGAGGCUCUGAUGUCCGUCCAUACGCAUUAAAUCCCAUCAGAUGUAUUCAAAUGAAUGAUUUAGAAAUGCAAUAUGCUAGUUGAUUUUUUUUUAUUUAAGUGUUUUAUGUAAAUGAAAUAAAGGACACCGUAUUUAUGGACUGUAAUGUCAGAAUUGUGAUGUAAAUGUUUUACUUUGUGUUGUUUUAAUAAAACACAUACCUCAUAUGAA